AUGGUUAAUGAUGAUCUUUCUGCAUUAAACACCAGCGGCGUAGAAGAUGCUAGAUCCAACAAGAAUGGAGAGAAUGAGGCUGGUGUCUUCAAGAAUGGAAAUGUCUUUGGUAUUCCAUCUGGUCAAAAUCGAACCAAGAAGGACAACCACAAUAGAAGGAAAGGUCAAAGAGGUGACAAACAUGGUCGCGGAACAAGACACAGUCAGCUACACAACAAUAACCAGUCACAAGAUCAACAUUCACGACUCAAAAUCAGUGAUGAGGAUAGGCAGACGGCAUUGAAUCAUAUUACACAAUUGUAUGAAUCGUCAUUGCAACCAAUACGAGUUCUAUAUACUCCAAACACAAAUAAAAAGGACAAUGCGCAAGUUGAUCUCUUUAUGGCAAACUACGUCAACCGAAACCACAGCCACAUCAUAACUAAUCCUCGACUAACUGAUAAAGUCUUUCGACAUCAAUUCCAUAAUCAAAUUCAUCAACUCAUCUGCCAAAAAGCAAUACUUUUCAGUAUCGAUAUUGAAGCGUGGGAAAUCAAUAAUCAAACAGUUACUGAAAUCGGGAUCUCCAUUUAUGAUCCUCGCCGUAAUGGAUCUUUCAAUCUUGUUCCAAAUUUUACUAAAUUACAUAUUCGUAUUUUGGAAAAUAUGCAUCGUGUGAAUGGGAAAUAUGUGGUGGAUCAUGCAUUGAAUUUCGUAGGUGAACCCACUUUGAUUUUGAGCAUGCAAGAUUCGGUAAUUUUGAUUCAAUCGUUAUUUGACUACUUCUUUAAAUCACCUAAUGAUGAUGGAUUAGAAACAUAUUUAGUUGGACAUGGGCUCCCUGGUGAUAUCAAAUGGUUAUCAUCUAUAGGAAUCAACUUCCCUCCAAAAUAUGCCACUUUGGACACGUUGGAAAUUCUUAAAAUCACACAUGGCAAACAUAACCUAAGUCUUGGCAAUGCAUUACGUAAACUUGACUUACCUCAUGUUUUUUUACAUAAUGCAGGAAACGAUGCCUAUUAUACAUUGCUUUUAUGUUUGAAGUUACUAGAUCCUGGUGUGAGAUCAUUGUAUCAGUUGGAUUUGUGUGUUGAUGAGAGUUUGAUGAUGAGUGAAGACGAAAGACGGGCUCUUAAGGAGGAGAAGGAGAGGAAAAAGAAGGAAAAGAGGGAGUUACGGGAGUUGAAAAAGUUGCAAAAGGAAUUGGGUUUGGAGCUGACUAAUGAAGAGAAUGACAAGGACAAGAGUGAGGGUAAGAAGAAGAAAAAACCGAGAAAGAAACAACUUCAGAAUCAUAAUAUUGCUCAGAGUGUACAAUGUUCAGCAUCUGAUGCCGUGUUGUAUGUGUUCGGUGGAAAGCAACUACCUGAGGAAGGUGAAGGUAGCGGUGAAGGUGAAGAAGAGGUAACGGAGGAUUUAGAGAUAGUUUUUAAGGCAUGA